UUUUGAAGGUUGAAAUUGUUAUUAAAUAAUUAAUUUUAACUUUAAUGAAGCACAGUAGUUUUCAUUUAUAAGCAUUUAUACAAUGCCUUAAAUGUAGUUUUUAGCCACACUUAAGCCUACUUGCAGUAAUGGCAAUUACUGGAAAGGUGAGCCAUGUCUUUCCAUUCUGGGCGAGGAUGUCCCCGCGGUCAGGGGGGACCAGGAGCAAGAACCUCAACACAGACCUACCGCCCUCAGAACCUACGGCAGCUUCACCCACAGCAGCCCUCUGUACAAUACCAGUAUGACCAGCAAACUGCUCCUCCAACAACCUACUCAAACCCUCCAACUACCGGUUACAUGCCUCCCAGGCCAGACUUUGUGCCCUAUCCUCCUCCUGUACCCCCUUCCACACAAAACCCCAUCAGCCAGUGUCCUAUGAGGCCACCGUUUCCAAACCACCAGAUGAGGCAGAGCUUCCCGGUGCCUCCCUGCUUCCCUCCCGCUCCUCCGCCGGUGCCAAGUCCGAGCAACGCUCCUGUGCCAGGAACUCCUGCCGGGCAAAGCACCUUUCCUUACAUGAUGCCUCCUCCUGCGGUGCCACAUCCUCCUCCCCCACCAGUCAUACCGCAGCAAGUCAACUAUCAGCCCGUAUAUUCCACGGGGUAUUCGCAGCAGUCCUUCCCACCGCCAAACUUCAGUAGCUACCAGCACAGCUCCGGCUCCUUUCAGAGCAGCGUUACCAACAGCGGCGGCAGCAGUCAUUUUCGGCACACGGGCCAGUACCAGGGAGAGAAGUCACAAAGCGAUCGGAGGUCUCCAGACAGGAGCAAGCACUAUGAUGAGCACCGACAUCGUGAACACGGUCACAUCCACGGUGACAGGCAUCGGUCCGCUAACCAUGGGGAUCGUCGGGAUCGAGGCCGGAGUCCUGAUAGGAGGAGACAGGAAUGCAGUCGGCACCGGACGGAUUAUGACAGAGGAAGGAUAUCGCCUCAUCACAGGAGUUAUGAGCGUAACAGGGAGCGGGAGAGGGAGAGGCAUAGGCACCGGGACAGCAGAAGAUCGCCAUCACCAGACAGAUCAUACAAAAAAGAUUACAAGAGAGCAGGAAGCCGGUCACCAAGCAGAGAGAGAAAGAGACCCCGAUGGGAGGAGGACAGAGAAAGGUGGUCUGAGAACCAGAGCUCCAGCAAAGAGAAAAAUUAUACCGCUAUCAAAGACAAAGAAUCAGAGGAGAAUGCAUCUGAAAAAAAUGAAGAGGAAGAUGAGGAAUUACUUAAACCGGUUUGGGUUCGCUGUACCCAUUCUGAAAGCUAUUAUUCCAAUGAUCCUAUGGAUCAAGUGGGUGACUCUACUGUGGUAGGAACAAGCAAACUCCGGGAUCUGUAUGAAAAAUUUGACGACGAGUUGGGAAAGCGACAGGCGAAGGCCAAAGCAGCCAGGCCCCCCUGGGAGCCACCAAAGACCAAGCUGGAUGAAGACUUAGAGAGCUCCACUGACUCAGACUGCGACUCUGAAGAUGACAGCAGCUGCUCCAGCAGUUCAGAUUCAGAUGUUUUUGACGUCAUUGCAGAAAUUAAGCGUAAAAAAGCGCACCCUGAUCGUCUCCAUGAAGAACUGUGGUACAAUGAUCCAGGACAGAUGAAUGAUGGACCUUUGUGCAAGUGCAGUGCUAAAGCCCGACGAACAGGAAUCAGACAUGGCAUUUAUCCUGGCGAAGAGCCCAUUAAACCAUGUCGCCCCAUGACCAACAACGCUGGAAGACUGUACCACUACCGAAUUACUGUGUCUCCUCCCACAAACUUCUUAACAGACAGACCCACCGUUAUUGAGUAUGAUGACCAUGAAUAUAUCUUUGAAGGGUUCUCCAUGUUUGCCCAUGCCCCGCUAACGAACAUUCCUCUAUGUAAAGUAAUCAGAUUUAACAUUGACUAUACAAUUCAUUUCAUUGAAGAGAUGAUGCCUGAGAAUUUUUGUGUGAGAGGUCUUGAGCUGUUCUCUUCAUAUCUAUUCAAAGAUAUUUUGGAGCUCUAUGACUGGAAUCUUAAAGGUCCGUCACUUGAAGAUGAUUCUAUUUCUUGCCCCAGAUUUCACUUCAUGCCACGCUUUGUGAGAUUUCUUCCAGACGGAGGAAAAGAAGUACUCUCGAUGCAUCAGAUUCUUCUCUACUUGUUGCGAUGCAAUAAAGCUCUGGUGCCUGAAGAGGAGAUCGCCAACAUGCUUCAGUGGGAAGAACUGGAAUGGCAGAAAUAUGCAGAAGAAUGCAAAGGAAUGAUCGUUACCAGCCCUGGCAUGAAACCCAGCUCAGUUCGUAUUGAUCAACUGGACCGCGAACAGUUCAAUCCUGAUGUAAUUACUUUCCCCAUUAUUGUCCACUUUGGGAUACGACCUGCUCAACUCAGUUAUGCUGGAGAUCCUCAAUACCAAAAGCUGUGGAAGAGUUAUGUGAAGUUGCGUCACCUACUGGCUAAUAGUCCCAAAGUUAAACAGGCUGAUAAACAGAAAUUAUCACAAAGAGAGGAAGCUCUGCAGAAAAUUCGUCAGAAGAACACAAUGAGGCGUGAAGUGACCGUCGAGUUGAGUAGCCAGGGAUUCUGGAAAACGGGGAUACGCUCCGAUGUCUGCCAGCAUGCAAUGAUGCUCCCUGUCCUCACUCACCAUGUCCGCUACCAUCAGUGUCUGAUGCAUUUGGACAAACUGAUAGGCUACACGUUUCGAGAUAGGUGCUUGCUGCAGCUUGCCAUGACUCAUCCAAGCCAUCACUUAAAUUUUGGAAUGAAUCCAGAUCAUGCCAGAAAUUCCUUAUCCAACUGUGGGAUUCGACAGCCGAAGUAUGGAGACAGGAAAGUUCACCAUAUGCACAUGAGAAAAAAGGGGAUAAACACCCUCAUAAAUAUCAUGUCCCGUUUGGGACAGGAUGAUCCAGCUCCUUCCAGGAUUAACCACAACGAACGUUUAGAAUUUCUGGGAGAUGCUGUGGUGGAGUUCUUAACAAGUGUCCACUUGUACUACCUGUUUCCCACGCUGGAGGAGGGAGGCUUAGCUACGUACCGCACUGCCAUCGUACAGAACCAGCACCUGGCCAUGCUGGCUAAGAAGCUGGAACUAGAUCGAUUUAUGCUUUAUGCUCAUGGCCCAGACCUUUGCAGGGAAUCGGAUCUGCGCCACGCCAUGGCCAACUGCUUCGAAGCCCUAAUAGGAGCUGUUUAUCUGGAGGGGAGCCUGGAAGAAGCAAAACAAUUAUUUGGACGUUUACUCUUCAAUGACAAGGACCUGCGGGAUGUAUGGCUUAAUUAUCCACUACACCCACUCCAACUGCAGGAGUCCAAUACUGACAGGCAACUCAUCGAGACUUCUCCAGUUCUUCAAAAGCUGACAGAGUUUGAGGAGGCAAUUGGAGUCAUCUUUACUCAUGUUCGACUUCUAGCACGUGCGUUCACUCUGAGGACAGUAGGCUUUAACCAUCUAACUCUAGGCCACAACCAGAGGAUGGAAUUCCUGGGUGACUCCAUAAUGCAGUUGGUAGCCACAGAGUAUUUAUUCAUACAUUUCCCCGAUCAUCAUGAAGGGCACUUAACGCUGUUGAGAAGUUCUCUGGUGAACAACAGGACACAGGCCAAGGUGGCAGAAGAGUUGGGUAUGCAAGAAUUUGCCAUCACUAAUGACAAGACAAAACGACCUGUAGCUCUUCGAACUAAGACCUUGGCUGAUCUAUUGGAAUCCUUUAUAGCUGCCCUAUAUAUUGAUAAAGAUUUGGAAUACGUUCACACUUUCAUGAAUGUAUGCUUUUUUCCACGGCUAAAGGAAUUUAUCUUGAAUCAAGAUUGGAAUGAUCCUAAAUCUCAGCUUCAGCAAUGUUGCUUGACUCUCAGGACAGAAGGAAAAGAGCCAGACAUUCCUCUUUACAAGACAUUGCAGACAGUGGGACCGUCGCAUGCCAGGACAUACACAGUAGCUGUUUACUUCAAAGGAGAAAGAAUAGGUUGCGGUAAAGGCCCAAGUAUUCAGCAAGCAGAAAUGGGAGCUGCAAUGGAUGCACUUGAAAAAUAUAACUUUCCCCAGAUGGCCCAUCAGAAGCGGUUCAUUGAACGGAAAUACAGACAAGAGUUGAAAGAAAUGAGGUGGGAAAGAGAGCAUCAAGAGAGAGAGCCAGAUGAGACCGAAGAAGCAAAGAAAUAAAAGGAGAGCACAAAAGCAGUGGCAUAUUUACUUACUUAAUAAGUCUGACUGUGGCCUACAGAGACCUAACCUAGUUUCUUGCAGAUGAUGAAUGAAGAGUGCCUGUUGAUAUCAACCAGAAAAAUCAUAAUAUCUUCUUUAAAAAGUGUGUGUAUAUAUAGUAUUUCUUUAGUUUUGUUUUAAGUGCAAAGUUUUUUUGACUUUUUAAUAAGAUUUGGUUUUAAAUCCUUUUAAUUUUUAUGGAAAGUUGUGGGGUUAUUUUUAUUAUUUUUACUGUCUUGUAUGAAGUAAUAAAGUAUUAAUUUCAAAAGCCUGUAGGAGGAAAA